AUGCGGCAGCAGGUGUCGGUGGUGCAGCGGCUCACAGCCAAGGAGGACUCAUGGACUUCUUGUACGCUGCGAGUGGGGGAGUUCGCAGCACGUACGGCUAUCACAGGCAAGACUAUAUGUAUAUUCAUUUCCAGCGCAGUCUGCACGUUGCGUGAAUUCAACAUUGCCGAGCAGCACAAGCAAUGGAUGGUCCAAUAUGGUCAGACAUACAAGGACCGGGAGGAGAAGGAGAAACGUCGGGCGAUUUUCGAGAAAAACUUGCGGCUCAUUGAAGAUUUCAAUGCAUCCGGGAAUCGGACUUUCAAGUUAGGCAUCAAUCAAUUCUCAGAUUUGACCAAUGAUGAGUUCGUUCGGAGGCACACUCGAUACUUGGCAUCUAAGCAACCGAAGUCCCCCAGAAAUGCGUCGUUGAGGCAACAAUAUCCAACUGGGGAUGUUCCCGAGAGCAUUGAUUGGGUGGAGAAAGGCGCCGUAAAUCCGAUCAAGGACCAAGAAUCCUGUUGGGCAUUCUCAGCAGUCGCAGCAGUAGAAGGAAUCAUGCAGAUCAAAAGCGGCGGUUCUGUGGACUAUGCUUUCAAGUACAUUGUCCAAAACGAAGGAAUUGCAUCCGAGGAAACAUACAUGUACAAAGAGAUGGACGGGACCUGCGACUCAACGAAAGCAGCCCAACGGGCGGCGCAAAUCAAGGAUUUUGCCGACGUGCAGCCAGGUGAGGACGAGCUCCUGAAGGCAGUUGCGCAGCAGCCGGUCGCGGUCUGGAUUGCCAAGGGUGGGAUGAACUUCCAGAGCUAUAGCAGCGGAGUGUUCAAUGAGGAUUGCGGCGAGCAGCCGCAUGCAGUUGUCGUGGUCGGGUACGGGACGAGUGAGGAUGGAAAGUUUUGGAAGAUCCGGAACUCCUGGGGCGAGACUUGGGGCGAAAACGGUUACAUGAGGAUUCAAAGAGGUGAUGAUAGUUCUACAGGAUUAUGCGGUCUCGCGUCGCGGGCUUCUUACCCGAUUGCAUGA